AUGGUCGAGUUUCCCUUCCAGCUAUGCAACCAACUCCUCCAAUUCUUGAUUUUCUUCUUGAUCCCAGCAAUGGUUCUGCCUCAAAAAAAUUUCGGGAUAAUAUACGAGCUUAUAACUCUAUGUUUGCUUUCACAUCAAUGGGCGCAAAGAUUGAUACUUCUGUUAAUGAUCAACCAGCUCCAUAUGUGUUUAAGAUAAGUGGUCAUUGUCAUCAUUUAAUGGGCUCUCUCUUACCUGUAGAUGGAGAAUCUCCAAAGUUUGCACAGCUCUACGUGUUUGACACUGCUCACGAAGUUGCAAAUAGACUUUUACCAUUUACAAGAAACUCCAAAUCAUCAUCUUUAGAUGAGAACAUUGUUGUGGAUCUUUUAAGAAUGCUUGAUGAAACGAAUGAGCUUGCCAAAUUAUUUCGCAAAGCUAGAGACAAAACUCAAAAUAUUCAAUCUGUUGAUUAUAAACUUCGCUUACUUGGAAAGCGAAGCCAUGAUUCACGCCAAUAUGAUGAUCCUACAUCAAAUGACAUUGGUGGAUUAGUUGUUGGAGAUAUUGGAGAUUUUUUCUCGGAACGAGAUAUAAUUAUUGAAUGCUUCUCAGGUUCUUUAAAAAGGAUCUCAAAAUUACAUCCAAAAUUCAUGGCAUUACAGUAUCCCCUUUUGUUUCCUUAUGGUGAAGAUGGCUACUCCUGUAAUAUUAUGUUUGUUGAUCAUGGACUUGAAAAAACAAGGAAAAGGUCAAGAGUUCCGAUGCGAGCUUAUUAUGCUUACCUUAUCAAUGAAAGGCCUGGGUGCGAUAAUACCAUCAUUAAAGGAGGUCGUUUGUACCAAUAAUUCUUGGUCGAUGCAUUUGUUAAUGUUGAAGAAGAUCGUCUUGAUUAUAUCAGAGCUAAUAAAAAAGAUUUACGUACAGAAGUUUAUAAAGGUAUCCAUGAAGCUGUGUUUAAUGGGGAUGUUGAAGGUUUCUCAGCUGGGAAAAUCAUUGUUCCAUCUUCUUUAACUGGUAGCCACGUUAUAUGAUCAAUAAUUAUCAAGAUGCAAUGGCUAUAUGUAGAGCCUAUGGAAAUCCUGACCUAUUUAUUACAUUCACAUGU